AUGCAUGUCGCGUUCUUCGCGGGUUCAGCCUUCAUCAUGAGCUUCAACAGCUUUCAGCCCAGCGCUCGCACUCGUUACGUCAGGUCAUCCUCGCCGCCAAGGAGCAGCUCAGCGACUCAGAAUUCAAGGGGUACCUCCGCGAAAACACGAACUACGGCAAGGCCAAGCACCGCCUACCCCUGCAUGCGGAUCCUGCGGUUGCUGAUUCACCAGCCGCGCGCACGCUGCAGUUGGCUGAUCUGCUGCCGCCGCCCAGCACACUCCGGGGAGGUCCUCCGCACCAGCCACACGUUCUACUACGACCCGCCGCUCAUCCACUACUUGCUCGUCCGCCGAUCGUCUCCUUGGGCGUCUGCAUGA